AUGCAUGUGCUCGCUUUACCGCGCUUCCUCCCCUCAAUUCUCCCUCGUAUCCCCGCGUCUCUCGUUCCGUUCCGAUUCGUCUCGUCUCACCAGCUAAUCGCGUUCAUGGCGCCUAAGCGACGACCGCGAGAAAUUUCUUCCGAAUCAGACACCUCCGCGUCAGACACCCCUUCGCCGCCUCCCAAAGCUUCCAAAACCACAUCAGGGAAGCGCCAACGCCAGACCGAACCUUCUGCGAAACGUCCCGCGCCAGCGUCAGAAAAGGUUACGAAAACCACCGCAGGAAAAUCCCUAGGGAAAACUCUAGAGAAAUCUCUAGGGUCCGGAAAAGCCUCCGUAGCCGUAGGAUCGUCUCCGUUUGAUGCGGAGCCGGCAUGGGCGCAGAAGGACACGACGGGCGCGGUGAAUCCGGGGAGGGUGCGCGAGCUGCGGAAGGGGCUGCGGCGGACGGGGCCUGUGGUGUACUGGAUGUCGCGAGAUCAACGGUCCAAAGACAACUGGGCUCUCAUCUACGCCGUCCAAAAGGCGCGGGAGAGGGGAGAGGCAGUGGCGGUGGUGUUCAACCUCGUGGACUCCUUUCUGGGCGCCAAGGCGCGCCACUUCGCGUUCAUGCUGCGCGGGCUGAGGGAGGUGCAGCCCUCCCUUGCCGCGCUCGGCAUCCCCUUCUUCCUCUUCCAGGGCAAGGCAGAGCAGACGGUCCCGGAUUUUGCCAUGCGAUGUGGCGCGUCGCUAUUGGUCACCGACUUCUCCCCGCUGCGCAUUGGGCGGCACUGGCGCGAGGCCGUGUGUGCACGGCUGGCAGAUCUGGAGCUCAGCCAAUCAGGGAGCGGCAGCAGCGGCAGCGGCAGCAGCAGGCAAGGGGCCACAUUAGCAGACAGGGCAGCAGGAGGAGAAGCAGAAGAAGGGGCGGGAGGGAGGGAAGGGACAGGGAGGGAAGGGGCUGAAGGGAAGGAAGGGGCGGCAGGAAGAGACGAACUGUGGGACGCGCAGGUGGGGCUGACAGGCGUGCAUGAGGUGGACGCUCACAACGUGGUGCCCAUCUGGGCGGCAUCAGACAAGUUGGAGUACGCCGCCCGCACCAUCCGCACCAAGAUACACCGGAAAUUGCCGGAGCACUUGGUGGAGUACCCCCAGUUGGAGCCCGGGUGCACGGUGGAGUGGACGGGGGAGAAGCCGCUGCCUGUGGACUGGGACUCGUUAAUAGCUGCUGUGAUCAGGGCUGGUCCCGAGGUACCAGAGGUGGACUGGAUAGUCCCGGGGGAGGCAGCAGCAGCAGCGGGGCUACAGACAUUCCUGGACAAGCGGCUGAGGGGGUACGAUAGCGGGCGCAACGACCCCUCCAAGGGCCCCACCACGCUGUCGGGGCUCUCCCCCUGGCUGCACUACGGGCAGAUUGCCCCCCAGCGCUGCGCUCUGGAGGCGCGGAAGCUGCGGAAGCAGCACAGCAAGGCAGUUGAUGCGUUUCUAGAAGAGCUGGUGGUGCGGAGGGAGCUGGCAGAUAACUUCUGCUUCCACCAGCCGCACUACGACUCGCUGGGGGGCGCGUGGGGGUGGGCGCAACAAUCACUGGAGGCACACCGAGGAGACAAGCGAGAGUUCGUGUACACGGCAGCACAGUGGGAAGCAGCCAAGACUCAUGACCAGCUGUGGAACGCGGCUCAGCUGGAGCUGGUUCACUACGGCAAGAUGCAUGGUUUCAUGCGCAUGUACUGGGCUAAGAAGAUUCUGGAAUGGUCUGAAUCGCCAGAGGAAGCUCUCAGAAUAGCGAUCGAGCAGAAUGAUAAGUACUCAUUGGACGGCAGGGAUCCCAACGGCUAUGUGGGCUGCAUGUGGUCCAUUGCGGGGGUGCACGACCAGGGCUGGGCGGAGCGUAAGGUGUUUGGCAAGAUUCGUUAUAUGAACGCAGCGGGGUGCAAGCGCAAGUUUGACGUGGAGGCUUAUAUAGGGUCGUAG